AUGGCGGGAGUUGCAAGUGGAAAUGAUUUCCAGUGGUGUUUCUCUCAAGUGAAAGGAGCAAUAGAUGAAGAUGUUGCGGAAGCUGACAUAAUCUCUACAGUUGAAUUUAACUAUUCUGGAGAAUUACUUGCAACUGGAGAUAAAGGAGGGAGGGUAGUCAUUUUUCAACAUGAACAGGAGUCAAAGAAUCGCCCACACUUGCGUGGAGAAUACAAUGUCUAUAGCACUUUUCAAAGUCAUGAGCCAGAAUUUGAUUAUUUGAAAAGUUUAGAAAUUGAGGAGAAGAUAAAUAAAAUACGAUGGCUACCGCAACAAAAUGCUGCCCACUUUCUACUUUCAACAAAUGAUAAAACUAUCAAAUUGUGGAAAAUUAGUGAAAGGGAUAAAAGAGCAGACGGUUACAAUCUAAAAGAUGAAGAUGGUCGUCUUAGAGAUCCCUUCAGAAUCUCCUCAUUACGGGUACCGGUGCUGAUGCCAAUGGAUCUUAUGGUGGAAGCGAGCCCACGCAGGAUCUUUGCAAAUGCGCACACCUAUCACAUAAAUUCCAUUUCUGUAAAUAGUGACCAUGAGACAUACCUCUCUGCAGAUGACCUAAGAAUAAAUCUAUGGCACUUGGAAAUAACAGACAGAAGUUUUAAUAUUGUAGACAUCAAGCCUGCCAACAUGGAAGAACUCACAGAAGUAAUCACAGCUGCGGAGUGCCAUCCACACCAAUGCAAUGUAUUUGUGUACAGCAGUAGCAAAGGCACAAUCCGCCUCUGUGACAUGCGAGCGGCAGCACUAUGUGAUAGGCACUCCAAAUUCUUUGAAGAGCCUGAAGAUCCAAGCAGCAGGUCCUUUUUUUCUGAGAUUAUUUCCUCCAUUUCGGACGUAAAGUUUAGUCACAGUGGACGCUACAUGAUGACACGUGACUACCUCUCUGUCAAAGUAUGGGACCUAAAUAUGGAAAAUAGGCCAGUGGAAACAUAUCAGGUCCAUGAAUACCUUCGCAGUAAACUCUGCUCGUUGUAUGAAAAUGACUGUAUCUUUGACAAGUUUGAGUGCUGCUGGAAUGGAAGUGACAGUGCCAUAAUGACUGGGUCCUACAAUAACUUCUUCCGAAUGUUUGACCGCAACACCCGUAGGGAUAUCACACUGGAGGCUUCCCGAGAGAGCAGCAAACCACGAGCCACUCUCAAACCGCGGAAAGUUUCCACAGGUGGGAAGAGAAAGAAGGAUGAAAUCAGCGUAGACAGCCUGGAUUUCAACAAAAAGAUCCUGCAUACUGCAUGGCACCCCAAAGAUAAUGUGAUAGCUGUGGCAGCCACCAACAACUUGUACAUUUUCCAGGACAAAAUCAAUUAA